CAACAACUCUGUGACCCGACCUGUUGCCUCCGGACGAACGACCAUAGCACGUCAGUCCUGAUCAAGCAAGCUGCUCAUGUGUAUUUCUCGUCGCAACAUUGUCAGGCACCAAAUUGACCCCGACCUCGAAGCGCAGGCAAGCACGAUCGACCCCAACGCCCAAUCAAAACCCGUCCAACUGCUCGACCAGUUCGAUCAGGGAUACUCAACGUUUCUCCAAGUCAAAGUAUCGCCUGCCUACAACAUUCGCAAUGUCCAACUUUGCUUCGACCUCUUCUCGAUCUCAGCUGCCUCCGAAACAAGUGGAGAUGCUGGAACCGCUAGCCUGGAAACCUGAGCCGCUGAGGGAUACUCUACUGCGUGGAAUGUUUGCGGGUGAUUGGGCCGAUGAAGACACUGUCAAUUUUCUCGUCUCUUCUUACAUAGUCUUUUCCAAUCUCAAGCAAAUCAUCCAGCCUCAGUCUAGCGCGCGCGACGAAGCCUUUUCCAGCAGAUCCUCCUUUCUGGGAGCGGCCUCUCACUCACGUCAAACAGUCUCGAUUACAGCCGAGACCAUCUCUCGCCUGUCUAGAGUAUCCACCAACCUUUACUCCCGCGAUCUGACCACAUUUCAGAGGCGGUUGGGAAGCAGGCUAGAAGAGCUAUCGGAGUUGACUUCUUCCAAUGCCACUUCGAACGAGACGAGAAAGGAAUUAAAGGCGGAGCUGGAAGGCCUGAGGCGAAGAGCUAGCUGCUGCGCGGAAGCGAGACAGAUCCUCUCGCUGGCUACGACGAUGUAUCUGCCACAGGACGGAGAAGGCAUGGGAAUCGUCGGGGAGGAGCUGCUCAAUUGGGUGAACAUCAUCGAUCCAGCUCCUUCCACUGAGGAAGGAAGGCUAGUCAUUUCGUCUGCCGUGCCUUACGAGCACGCUCAAUACUGGGACUACCUUCUCCGACUCACCAUCAGAGGAUUCAACAAGAGCGCAGCUACACUGCUGCGUAGUCUGUCAACUCACCAAUCGUCCACCAUCGCUCGCCUCUCCGUAGAGGUGGCAGAGCUGUUCGACACCCUUCCACGCUCCACCAGCUUUGGUACGGAAAGGCAAUUUGUCAACACUCGAAGGAGCUGGGUGCUCGGUGUUCGAGCUCUGCUCUCCAGACUCGAAAAGGACAUGGAUCGAGCCGAAUUGGAACUGGCUGGCGGUGCGGACGAAGCCGAAGGUGAAGCGUCUGGAGGCAGCGGUAGAUUCGAUGCAUCAAAGAAACGAGCAAGCUUCUCCAGCGAAGAAGCUGAAGAUGCCAGGCUGGAGUAUGAAGCGCAAUUCAGGUGCUUGUUGGAAAUAGUGGCGGGUGUGGCGGGCAGAACAUUCGAAGCUUGUCAAGAUUGGAAAGAAGCUCUGGGCGCUUGGGGAGUGUAUGUGCUUCCCACCAUGCGCAGGGAGAAUGUGCCCGAGACUAUGCGGCAAAUUCUCAAAGAGUUGCCCAUCGAUCAGGCGUCGGAUGGCGAAAGUUUGCUGUCCUUAAUAGCAGGCGGUGAGACCAGCCAGCUGGUUCAAAAACUUUUGCAGUACGACGCUUGGCUCGCCGUGCACCUCAUUGAUCUUCUCGACAAGGCGGGCAUCGCAGAUGACGAGACCGCGCGGGGCAUUGCGAUUGAGCAAUACGCAGAGACUCUUUUGGACGAUUCGGGUCUUUGGCGCCUGUCUGUGGACUAUCUCGGCUGCAUUUUAUCUGCCGAGCAGUCUUUACCCCUAUCAGCGACAGAGCGCAUCCGCGUCCGUAUGCGAGACAUCAUUCUCUCGGUACCUCUGGACGAGUCCAAGUCGUCCUCGACUACUACAGAUGCCAUUUACAAUUCUCGGCUAUCACUCAAGACACUAGCAGAGUUGGAAGGGGAACGAGCGCAAGAGGAGAUGGAUGAGGACUCGGACGAUCCGGAUGCUGCGAAGGAGAGAAGAGCACAACGGGCGAAAGAAGAGAGUGAGAAGAGGGGCAACGCGUUCGCUAGGGAAGUGGAGCAGGUGCUCGGCGCAUGUGUGGCUCACAGACUUGAGGGUGAGGCCCGAGCUGUGUGCAAAAGGGUGGCCAAGCACAAAGCCGCUUCGGGCCAGUAUGGACUGGCUAUAGCGUACUGCGUUCGGGCGGGUGACGCGCGUCAAGUCAGACGUAUCGCGGAUGCCAUCCUUGAAGAAUACGUGAUCAGAGGAGCAGACGUGUUUUGCAAAUUGGUGGACGACAUCCCUAGAAGUCUUUUGGAUGGUCUGCCCACCUCGAAGAGCAACGAGAAGGUGGACGCCCAAGAUGAAAAUGUGGAAUUGAAUGAGGAGUACGGAUCCGGAAGAAGCUUGAUCUCCGGUAGGCUGGCGUUCCUGGCCAGGUAUCGAGACUUUCAUCACCUAUACGCCGAGAGAAGACUGAGAGAAGCUGCAGAGUUGCUCGUCUUGCUCCUCACAAGCAAUGUGGCCCCAGAGCGCUUUUGGGCAGUCUUGAUCAUCGAUGCCAUACCAUUGCUCGAGAGCGAGGAGAACUUGUUCACUACCGAGGAGACAUUCGAUCUCUUGCGUGUCGUGGAACAAAUCUUAUCUAGCAUCAGCGGACCUGGCGCCAGUGCCGACACGCAGCACUUUUUGGGUUACGUAGAGAGGCUCCUCUCUCCUGCCGAGUCAGUGACGGAAACAGCCGCGCUUCGGCGAGACCUCGCCGACAUUGAUGUCGAUGCUGCUAAACAAAGGCUAGACGUGGCAAGGUUCGGAUUGGCUCGCCAGCUCGCUCGCAAUUGCGGCGCGGGCGGACCACUGCUUUGAGAUUUCGGGGGAAUCGAGGUGCAUUCGCAAAGCAAGUAUAACAAUCUCAAAAAUACAAUAAUGUCACCC